CUCUGUUGACGCGCAGUCUCCCUGCAGCCGGGAAUCGCUCAGAGUCAGACGGGGCUUCGCUCGGAUCGGACUCAGCCCUAGCCCCCGGUGCCAGUCCCUCCCCUCCCCGCUAGCCAUGGGCAGUGGGAGCCGCUGCCAAGCUCCCCUGGCCGGCCUGCAUUCUCUCUGCCUCCUCCUUGUUGCCGGGCUAAACUCUGUCACUUCAGAUGCCAAUAUAUUUCUGAUAUACAGUGAGAAAGCAGACAGUUGCCUGGAGAGCAGUGGCUCCAGUGUAAGACUGGCUCCAUCCUGCAAUGAAAGCUUCGACCAGCAGCAGUGGAAGUGGGUGUCGAGACUGAGGCUCUUUAACCUUGGAUCCAAGCAGUGUCUGAGCAUCCAGAGGAGGAACGACACUGUGCCCAGACUGGGUAUGAUGGAGUGUAACCAGGAAUCUGCCCAGAUGCGAUGGCAUUGUAAUGGUCUAGGCAGUCAGCUUAGCAGUUACCUGAACCAGCAGUCUAAAGCCGGUACCCAAGGGCCUAACACAGGCCAACCUGAUGUGUGGAGAAUUUACAACACUGAUGAGGACCUGUGUGCUCGGCCUUAUCACGAGAUUUACACCAUCCAGGGGAAUUCUCAUGGAAAGCCAUGCACAAUUCCGUUUAUGUAUGACAGCCAGUGGUACCAUGACUGCACUAGUAUUGGCCGAGAAGAUGGACACCUCUGGUGUGCAACAACGGUAGAUUAUGGGCUGGAUGAACAAUGGGGAUUCUGCCCAGUCAAAAGUGAUGACUGUGAAACCUUCUGGGACAAGGACCCAAUGAGCAAUAGCUGCUACCAAUUCAACUUUCAGUCCACUCUCUCCUGGAGCGAGGCCCGCAUUAGCUGUCAGCAGCAGAACUCUGAUCUCCUGAGCAUUACUGAACUUCAUGAACAGACCUACAUCAACGGUCUCCUGACUGGUUAUAGUGCUACUCUGUGGAUUGGCCUGAAUGAUUUGGAUAUUGAUGGUGGCUGGCAAUGGUCUGAUGGAUCACCACUGAAAUACCUUAAUUGGGAAAGGGAUCAACCUGCAAACUCAUUUGAGGAAAACUGUGGAGUUAUCAGGACAGAAUCUUCUGGAAGAUGGCAGAAUAAAGACUGUGGCAUUGCUCGGCCAUAUGUCUGCAAGAAAAAGCCAAAGGCCAAGGAUUCCACAACCAAAGACAUCUGGAUCAACCGGAAGACUAAGUGUGAUGCAGGCUGGCUGCCAUUUCAGUGCAACUGCUACUGGCUGAACACUGAGAGGAGAAACUGGCAGGAAGCACAGAAAAGCUGUGUGAGGUCAGAGGGAAACCUGAUCAGCAUCCACCACCUGGCAGAGCUGGAAUUUGUCCUGACCCAAGUCAAACAGGAUGUGGAGGAAUUAUGGAUUGGUCUCAAUGACAUCAAGCGCCAAAUGAACUUUGAAUGGUCAGAUGGAACUCCAGUUCGCUUCACUUACUGGCAUCCCUUUGAACCUAACAACUUUGCAAGUGAUCAAGAGGACUGUGUCACACUCUGGGGCUCGGAGGGACGUUGGAAUGAUGGGCCUUGUAACCUCACGCUGCCUUCCAUCUGCAAGAAACCCAGUUGCUCCUCAGAAGAGGAGGAGGAGCUCUUGGAAGACAAUCUUGGCUGUGCAAAGGGUUGGAGGUUGCACGGCUCUUCCUGCUAUUUUGUGGGUGAGGAAUCAGUGACCUUCGAUGAGGCCUUGAAGAAAUGCACAGGACAAAGGUCCACCCUUGUGACGAUUCUGAACAGAUUCGAGCAGUCAUUCAUCAUCAGCCUUAUCCUUGGUCGCUCCGGCAACUUCUGGACAGCUCUACAAGACGCCAACCACCCAGGGGUCUUCCAAUGGAUGGGUGGUGAUGCCGUCUCCUUCACUAACUGGAACCUAAACCAACCAGGUUAUAAAGGCGGUUGUGUGGUGCUGGCCACAGGAAAUUCUGUUGGAUUAUGGGAUGUGAAAGAUUGCAGCAGCUUCAGGGCCAAGUACAUCUGCAGGCAGAACCUAGCAACCUCUGUUGAUCCAGGAACUGGACCAGCCGCAGUGACUCCCACACCCAGUGUGACAGGAAGCUGUCCAACAGGAUGGUCUUCAUCCCUGACUCUGCGAUACUGUUAUAAGGUAUUUCACUUCAACACCAUCUAUGCUAAGAAGAACUGGGUUCAGGCACACAUGUUCUGCUAUGAGCAAGGUGCUCACUUGCUCAGCAUCAGCAACUUUGAAGAGGAGAAGUUUACAGAGAAACUGGUUAAUGAGAUCUUUGGAGAGUCAGAGGAUCACGAUUAUCAUUGGUUCUGGCUUGGAUUGAACCGACGAAACCCAGGGACAGAACAAAGCUGGGUAUGGAGUGAUGGAACAGGGUAUUCCUACAACAACUUUGGACGAGAUGUCUAUGAAGAUGAUAGCGUCCGACGCUGUGGAGUCAUUGACAUUGCCUCCUCACUAUGGCGAGCAGUACGCUGUGAGAAUCAACUGGACUGGAUCUGUAAGAUCCGCAAAGGAGCUGUUGUGAAGGAACCAGAGGGCACUGAAGAUGGUGCAAGCAACCAGUGGUUCCAGUUCCAGGAUGCAGAGUACAAGUUCUUUAAGCAUCUCUCCACCUGGCCUCAAGCCCAGCGGAUCUGUACCUGGUUCAAAGCGGAACUGGCCUCCAUUCACAGCCAGGAGGAGCUGACCUUCCUAGGACAGACCCUGCAGAAGCUUUUCCGCUUUCAGGACCAAUUUUGGUGGAUUGGCCUUCACACCAAUGAGAACGAUGGACGAUUCAGGUGGUCUGAUGGCUCGAUUCUGAAUUUUGUCUCUUGGGCCUCAGGGAAGCCACGACCUAUUUCGCGGGACAGAAAAUGUGUCUACAUGUCACCCAGUAAAGAAGUGUGGGGUGACCAGAGAUGCAUGAAUGACCUGCAGUACAUUUGUAAAAGGACAAACAGCUCCAUGGUGAAGCCCCCUUUACCAUCUCCGCCAUCUACACAUUCCGGUGGUUGUCCAAGGGGAUGGACCCCAUUUGCAAGCAAGUGUUUCAAGAUAUAUGGAUACUCUAAAGUGGAUCGUGUUAACUGGAUUGAAGGGAAGGCAGCUUGUGAGAGAGCAGGAGGACUGCUAGCAACAAUCUCUAAUCACUAUGAGCAAGCCUUUAUAACAACCAUUCUUCCAAAUAUCACCUUUGACCUCUGGAUUGGUCUGCAUGACACAAACAAGGACUUCCAGUGGCUACAAAAGGAACCACUGAAAUAUGUCAACUGGGCUCCAGGGGAGCCUUCAGGCCAGCACACGUCCUCUGCAACCAACGAGCUGGUAAACUGUGCUGUGAUCUGGCAUGCCUUGCAUCCACAGUUCACUGGGCGCUGGGAUGAUCGGAGCUGCACAAGGGAUAAGAAUGGCUUCAUCUGUCAGAAAAACAAAGACCUGUCUCUACCAUCAACACCUGCCAAGUUCCCACCACCCUUGACAUCCAAGCUGAGUUACAUGAAUAGUACCUACCGAGUUAUCCAGAAGCCUCUGACUUGGCAGGAAGCCGCCUGGCUCUGUGAGACCCGGAAUGAAACUCUGGUCACGGUAGUAGACCCCUAUCAACAGGCAUUCCUCACACAGGUUAUGAACAGCGUCCGACUGCCCUUGUGGAUUGGACUGUCAAAUGAAGAGGGAGGCAGGGUCUUUUCUUGGCUGAGUGGGGAGGAGUCGGACUACUUCAACUGGCAGGAAGGGGAGCCACACCAGAUGGGCUGCGUUCACAUGGACAUGGACGGGACGUGGCGACCAUCCUCCUGUGAGACGAAGCUAAAUGGAGCAAUUUGCAAAGUGCCAGGAGAGUCCUGGUCAAGCAAAUCAACUUUCACUGGAACUUGCCCAACCAGCCUGCAGGAUUCUUCCUGGAUCCCCUUCCGUAAUCAUUGUUACUCCUUCCACUUGGAAAAGAAGGCAACUCCCAAAGAGGCAGCACAGUUGUGUCAGAAAGUGCAUGGAGCCGAGCUGCUGUCCAUUCUUGAUGAAGUAGAAAAUGUAUUUAUAUGGGAACAUCUGGAGACAUAUGAAAAUGAUACCAAAGGUGCCUGGCUGAGUCUCAUGUAUAACACCAAGAGUGGUUCACUUGUCUGGCCUGAUAAGACUGUCUUGAACUAUUCAAACUGGGCUCGUGGAACUGAGAACAUGAGUUUAAUGAGUCCAAACACUUGCUAUUGGAUCAAGAGCAACACUGGCAUCUGGGGAAUUGGUCCCUGUACUAGUUUCACACUAGGUAUCGUCUGCAAAAUGCCAAGAGUUCAAGAGAACAGCCUUCUUGGUACCGUUGGCUCACAAGGGCACACUUUGGACAUCAUUUUGUAUGUACUGGGCGCAUUGGUGUUGGUGGUGGUGCUGGUGGUGGUGGUGGUGCUGCUGUACCGACGACGAACAGCCUGGACCUCACGCCAUGGGGCUUUUGAGAGCGCGCGAUACAGCAGGACGUCCUCAACACCCAGCGAAUCCAUGGAGAAAAACAUCCUGGUGUCUGACAUGGAAAUGAAUGAACAGCAAGAAUAACCUUGGCACCUGCUCCUCUGUCUCUCUUCAUCCUCGAGCAGUGUGCUUAGCACAGACUGGUGUUCAGAACAUCAUGCAGAUCAACAUGGGGUCCCACCACAGUCUCAUUGCGACACAGUUGGCACUGCUUAAUGGGGUAAUGCCUACAGGAUAUAUUUCUCAGGCAUCCAGUUACAUAUUAUAUAUAAAACUUAUAUAUAUUUGCAUCAUACUGGUGGAUUUUGCUUCCUAGAGAUGAUCUGAUAAAUGGGGCAAUUUGUAUCCACUAGGGCACCCCAGUAAACAGGUUUCAACUGUGUUAUUGACCUUGACAACAAAACAUUUCUAUGUAAAAGGCACAGUUCAAUGACCAAACUCAUCAUGCAUUCAUUCUGCUUGAUGAGCCUCCUGUCAGUUUUAGCAUGGUUCAAAUGUUGGUACAGUGUUUUCUGCAGUCUUAAGCACUGCUUCUCAGACCCACAAGUCCACAGCCAGGAGGAGGAUACAUGUAGUAUUUAAAUUGAGUAAGCAUAUUCUGGAUUGCUGAUGACAUUCUUUAGGAAAGUCUUAGGAAAGUGUUCCUCUUAGCAGCUGUUGAUGUCCUAGUGGCUGUGUACUCACAGCGGAACUUGGAAAACUGUCAACAAGGAGUAGCAUAGAAAUUAGUCAGAGAUUGGUGAUGGUGGUUCAAAGUGUAGAACUGGGUGUAUGCCCAGUUAACACUUCAUGGGCUAUACCUCCUCUGACUCACUACUUUUUAUGUACGAGUUCACUUUUAAGAUAUAUAAAGGAUUAUGGAAGAGUAGGUUCAGGUAUGCUUAGGUGAGAGGAGCCCAGAACACGGGACAUAUCAACAAAAUUUAGCAGUAAGCCAUUCAUGGGUGAUGUCAGAAAUCACUUCUUUAUACAGAAAGCAGUGGAAGUCUGGAACCCUCUUCCCUCAAAAAACUUAAUUGAAAAUGUGAAAACUAAGAUUGAUUGGACUUCUGUUCAGGAGAGGCAUUAUGAGUUACAGAACAAAGGUGAAUAAGUUGCAUUAAAAGAUAAAUCAACCAUUAACUCAACAGAAUUGAAGGACAGUUGGUCUCCCCCUGUUCCUAUGUUACAGAACCAUAAGCCACUUAUCAGAGUUGAAAGGCAUGUUUUCCAAGAUGAUUGAAUAGUUGAGAAUGAACGUGUCACUAUAUGUAGGGGAAGACAAUAAGCCAGUAUAGAUUUGAUAAACAAGUAGUUCUUCUAUAAUGCAAUGGUUGUGUUCUAGUGCAACCCUGCAUUAUAGAAAAAUUAUGCUUUAGAAACAGUGCUUAAAGUGUUGGCGAUGUAAUUGUAUUACAGUCAAUGUACAUUUUAAACGUUCAUGCCUUAGAAACAAUGUCGACAAUUUGUUACAGCAAAUUUGCAUUAAUGAAACACCUUCAGCUCAUUGUGGAAACGUCUUAGAUUGCAGACCACAACAACCUGUUUACAGGACAAUUGAAGGAGAUUAACUGAGAGAAUGCACCUUAAGUGCUGAUGUUUAACUGUGAUCAGUGAAAGAUUUGUGCCCAUGUCAGGUUAGAUCAUUAGAUGAUUUGCUCUCUGCUAAAUAACAGUGCAUUUCUUCCACUUGUAACAGUGUCUGAACAAAUCAGCAUACUCAUCAAAGGAAAAAUCCCACACUUUUACUGUCUGAGGAACUGAGUUUGGGAUGGGAACCUUUUACAAGGCCUGAUUUCAUGAGCUGAAGAUCCCAAUCACAGUUCAUAGGGAUGUACGUUCAUUUCCGACAAAGUGGGCUUGUCAUGUGGGUGAUGAGGUGAUGCAUCUAAAUUCCAAGGAAGGUGCUAACCUGGCAGGCAGGGCCAUACUGGAGCACAGGUUUGUAAUGUGAAGCCUGUAUUCCUGAUCUGGUGUGUGAAUAUAUAAUGUGGAGAAGCACAUUCACGCUGGUUACCAAUAUAGCAUUUAUUUUAAAGGGGUUAAGAUCUUUAGUAUCUUACGAAAUGAUUGGAUGAAGCCUCAUGAUGUGACAUUCAGUAAAGCUGAAUGAUAUUUCUUUUAUUAUUUCUGAAACUAAAGAAAUAGCUUUUUUUGGAUACUUUAGGGUUUUAGGUUCCAUUUCAUUAUAUUGUGGACUUUCAGUCCCUGAUGUACUGGGUGUGACUAUACUACAUGGUGCUGACCAGAAGGUUAGGAUGCAUGUUGGCAGUUGUGUUCAUGGGAGGGUGGCUACGUACCUUGUAUUAGAUCAGCAUCAAUCCAGGGCUUUUGAGCUCCUUUCAGUGGGCUGUCUUUUAUGCAUGACAAGGCCAUGAGGCUGAUGUUCAAGGGAAGUAAGGUGGGAUGUUUCUAUGGGUAAUCUUGUGUUAAGGGGUUAGAUUGCAUAUGCAUUGAAAGUAGUCAUGAAGAAUGAUAUUGUUAAAGGUAAGAUUUCAGGGUCUGUGAAGCAGAAAGGGUGAGGGCAGUUAAAACAAGGUUUGAGAGAAAUAUGGAGACAUGUUUGUGAUAGGAUGUCACAAUUGGCUAAUACUGAGAGCUGUGAAAACACCAGCCAAUCAAACAGUGAGUUCUACAAAUCAUAGUGAAGCAUGUUAUUACAUCGUGAGAGCCAAUCAUCUUUCAUUGGAGGGGAAUAAAUCUGAAAAAAAUGAAACAAGUGUCCCAACAUUAAGAUCAUCCUUUUGAUUGUUGGAGAUAAAUCUUUCUCUUCUUGAAAGCUGAAGAGAUUGCAACACUGGGGACCAAUAUUUUUUCUACUUACACCAGUACCAGGAAUUCUGUAGGGCACUUUAUUAAAAUAGUUUGUGCAUGAAGCUACAAAGAGUCUUGAUGACAAUCAAAUGAUGUAAAGUGGGAGGGUGGGGAGGGGAUUAGAGGACAGGUAAUGGAGUUGGUCUGUGCUAGUAGCCUGAACUGGGCUCACAGCAAACCAGCAGCCAGUGUUACACCAUGCCCAUUGAAAAUCAAUGGAAAGGGAAGUCAGGAGGGAGGUGAUGGGGGUUUCUGGUUUGCUGUGAUAUUGCCUGAUUCACAGUUAGUCAAAGUCCAAUUUUAUCUAUUCAAGAGGUCCUACUAUUCUUAGAAUAACAUCUGCCAGUUGUUUGUUUCCAGGGGUGGGAGUGACGAAAUGAGCAGGGGAGUCUUCCCCCGUCCCCCGCCCCUCCAUAUGGAACACUAUUUCAAGCUUUCAAACCAUUGUGAUUGAGCUGCAAAAACGGAUUUUCUGUCCAUUUCUAUUGCCAAGUAUAACAAAGACAGAGAAGUUUGCCAAACAGGAUUCUCAGAAUAAAGUGUUUUUUUAAUUUUA